GCCUGUAUGUACUGCUUUAACCACUGGAAGAAUGACAGAUGACAAAGAUGUGCUUCGAGAUGUGUGGUUUGGACGAAUUCCAACUUGCUUCACUCUGUAUCAAGAUGAGAUAACUGAAAGGGAAGCAGAACCAUACUAUUCUGGCUGUGUAGUUCAGGCUGGCAGUUUUCCAGAAAAGGAUCUUCUACACUGUCCAUCUAAGGAUGCAAUUGAAGCUCAUUUUAUGUCUUGUAUGAAAGAAGCUGUUGCUUUAAAGCAUAAAAGCCAAGUAAUCAAUGAAAUGCAGAAAAAAGCUUGUAACUCAUGACUCAGAGGGCUGAG